GAUCUGAUUGAUCGAUUGAUUGAUCUGUGACGACAUUAUACCGCAUUCGGACGUUUGUCGCGUGGUCCAUACUCUACAUACAGACUUGACAGGAUACGGAGCAUACGAGACGAUUAGUACCGUUUCUAUUUGAUCACUUCUGUUUUACUGCAUCAUGGCAUCCCGAACAGCCACAGGCUACCUACAACCAGAACAACACCACUACUCACCACCUCCUUCACACCCCCAUGCUACACCCCAACCACAACCACACGCCACAGCUCCCACUCCCCCAUGGGCUCAACCCCCAGCAACCCGCGCAAAAAAGUAACCCUGCAAACCCUCCGCAAUCUCUACAAAAAGAACGAGCCGAUCUCCGUGCUCACAGCGCAUGACUUUCCCAGCGGACAUAUCGCCGAGGUUGCGGGGAUGGAUAUCGUUCUUGUAGGGGAUAGUUUGGCGAUGGUUGCGUUGGGGAUGGAGGAUACGAGUGAGGUUGUGUUGGAGGAGAUGUUGUUACAUUGUAAGAGUGUGUCGAGGGCGGCGAAGAGUGCGUUUACGGUUGGUGAUCUUCCAAUGGGCUCUUAUGAGAUUUCCUCCGAGCAGGCGCUGCAGUCUGCUAUUCGGGUUGUGAAAGAGGGUCGUCUGCAGGGCAUCAAGCUUGAAGGAGGGGAGGAUAUGGCUCCGACAAUCAAGCGCAUCACGCAGGCUGGUAUCCCCGUCUUGGGCCAUGUUGGUCUCACGCCUCAGCGGCAAAAUUCUCUCGGUGGAUUCCGGGUUCAGGGCAAGUCGACGGCCGGCGCGUUGAAAGUGCUGAGAGAUGCCAUUGCCGUGCAAGAAGCCGGUGCCUUUGGGAUGAUCGUCGAGGCGGUUCCUGCUGAAGUUGCGGCGAUUGUCACCAAGAAACUGAAAGUUCCAACGAUUGGUAUCGGUGCUGGGAAUGGGUGUUCGGGACAGGUUCUCGUUCAGAUUGACAUGACUGGCAACUUCCCGCCGGGGAGGUUCCUUCCCAAGUUCGUCAAGACGUAUGCUGAUGUUUGGGGAGAGGCGCUUAAGGGUAUUCAGCAGUACAAAGAGGAGGUCAAGAGUCGGGCGUUUCCGUCGCAGGAAUACACCUAUCCCAUUUCGCAGGAGGAGCUCGCGGAGUUUGAAAAGGCUGUUGAUCAGGCUGGCUCCGAAUGAUUGCAUAUCGGUCUUGUUUUUCUUCGUUCUGUAACGUUAUUGUCAUAAUUGUAUCUAGCAUAUUAUCGGCGGUCGGUUCUUCCGACGCAGCAUGUAUCUCAUUAAUCGUUAAAUAUGUCGAUAGCUACUUAGCCGAACGCAGGCGUCAUUGAAUAUGCAACAAUAAGCUGCUCAUCCGUUUUGAAGCA